UUGCCAUCGCUAUAUUGUCUGCUGCGGCCGUCUUUCUGUAAUUAUUUUUCGUUUUUAACCAAUCCGUAUAUAAUGUAAACUUGAUAGUUGGUAAACCAAACCGAGGGCCCGAAAUGCGCGCGUGUUGCCUAAAGAGAUAAGAAGCUAGAACGUUUUUAUGCGGGAAACAGUUGUUGGCUCUUCCUGCUGCUUGAACUUCUCCUCUGUCGGCCAUUAAGACACACACCAGAAAAACGGAAAAACAAUACUGAGUGCGUGUGUGUGUUUGACGUGUGUGCCAGUGUGCGGUGCAGUGUUGCGAGCUCGGAAAACUCCAAGAGCCAGUGGGAAAAGAAAAAUCGGGUCCAGUCCAAGCCUUAAAUCCCAAGCGUUGCUUCGACUGCAAGCGGUGUACAGGGUGAACCGUGCAAAAAGAAAAGAAGCCAAGGCAUAUGUACCUGCACUGUUUUUUGGGCUUAGAACAGCUGUGCAUAAAGGGGCGCUGAGUUAAGCGGAGGCUGAGGAAGCAGGAGCUAACCACUAAAGUCAGAGGCAUGUCCAGCGAGGAAGACAAACCGCCGGCGCCGCCCGUGCGUCUCACCAGCAAUCGUGGAGGCAUCGAACGAUCCGCGGGGGGAGGAGUGGGCGUCGGCGGCGGAGGACUGGGAGGUGGCGAUGUACCGCCCGACAUGCGUCCGCUGCCCAAGGAACCCGACGACUCGGACCGCAAGAAGAAAACACUGAAGAGCAAGAUCAAGGGCUCGAAGCCCUCGCACACGGACUCCAAGCCGAACAUCUCCUAUCCCACGAACUUUGAGCACACGGUCCAUGUGGGCUUCGAUGCUGUCACCGGCGAGUUUACCGGCAUGCCGGAGGCAUGGGCGCGUCUGCUGAUGAACUCGAACAUUAGCAAGCAGGAGCAGAAGAAGAAUCCGCAGGCCGUGCUGGAUGUGCUCAAAUGGUUCGACAAUACAACCAAACAGAGGCCAAGUUCAAAAUAUAUGACAAAUGCCAUUACGACGCAUUCAGGCUCUUCGCUCAGUCGGGUCAGCAGCAGCAGUCCGAGCAGCACACCCACGGACUCCGAGCUGCACGGCUCCAAUAGCGGUGGCAAUCUGAUAGGCGUACAGCUGGGCAGCAUGACUCUGGGACCCAAUGCCAACAAUGUGGCUGUCGCUGGCCAAAUCCUGGGCAACCACUACCAACAGCAGCAGCACCUCCUUCAACAGCAGCAGCAGCAGCAGCCAUUGCACCAGAACAACCAGCAUCACAUUGGCAUCAGUCAAUCGCACUCGUACAACUUUGUUGGCCACACAGCCUCCACAUCCACGUCGCAACAUUCAUCCGCCAACGAGGACGAUAUGCUGGGGCCCCAGCAUCCGCAUCCGCAGCAGUUGCAACAGCAGCCGCCGCCUCCGCCGGUGGCUUCUAGGCCGGAGCGAACGAAAUCCAUCUACACGCGGCCCAUCGAGGAUCUGCAACCGACCAUCAUGCCCAUGCCAGCGGCCCCAGCCACAACGCCCACAACGCCGCUGCAAAAUCAUAGGACGCCGGGCGGAAUGACGGCGCCAGUAGCAUCCCCGUUGUUGCACAACAAUGCCACGACGACGCUGGACAAGAACAAGAACAACGCAACUCCAACGUCCCCAACCACGACAAAAACAACAGCAGAAACAGAAGGCACCGAUGCAACAUCAACUCUUUUGUCUGCUACUAAUCCUAGUUGUUCUACCACUCCUACUACUGCUCCUGCUCCAGCUGCACCUCGUGGUAGUCUCGUCGAGACAGCAACAGCGCCAGCUACCACUGCAGCAGCACCAGCAGCCACAGAAACAACGACUAAUCACCAUUCCUCUGCUUCCUCCUUUUCAUCAUUUCCCUCGUUCCACGACGACGAUGCCGCACACCACGCCCUGCCAACGAUCCACUGUCCCACGCCGACGUCUUCCGCUCGCAACUCGACGGUACCGCUCCCGGUUGUGGUUCCCCUGCCACCCAUCAUCACGCCCGCCACGCCCACACCCGCCUCCACUGGAUCAUCAGAUCUGUACACGCCCGAACCGACGGCGGGCCAGGUGGCAGCCGCUGCUCCGCCGCCGGCAGCUGGCAACCAAAUCGCCGUGCCCCAGGCGGCUGUGGCGGCGUCUGCCACGCCCAAUACGCGGGCAGCCAACGCCAAGAAGAAGAAGAUGUCCGACGAGGAGAUCCUGGAGAAGCUGCGCACCAUCGUCUCCGUGGGCGAUCCGAAUCGGAAGUACACCAAGAUGGAGAAGAUUGGCCAGGGCGCCUCGGGCACCGUAUACACGGCCAUUGAGUCCUCAACGGGCAUGGAGGUGGCCAUCAAGCAGAUGAACCUGUCGCAGCAGCCCAAGAAGGAGCUGAUCAUCAACGAGAUCCUGGUGAUGCGGGAGAACAAGCAUCCGAAUGUGGUCAACUACCUGGACAGCUACCUGGUGUCCGAGGAGCUGUGGGUGGUCAUGGAGUACCUGCCCGGCGGCUCGCUCACCGACGUAGUCACUGAGACCUGCAUGGACGAGGGCCAAAUCGCCGCCGUCUGCCGCGAGGUGCUGCAGGCCUUGGAGUUCCUUCACGCCAACCAGGUCAUCCAUCGUGACAUCAAGAGUGAUAACAUCCUGCUGGGCCUCGACGGCUCCGUCAAGCUGACUGAUUUUGGUUUCUGUGCGCAAAUAUCGCCGGAGCAAUCCAAACGCACAACGAUGGUGGGCACGCCCUACUGGAUGGCACCCGAGGUGGUCACCAGGAAACAGUACGGACCCAAGGUGGAUCUGUGGUCACUGGGAAUCAUGGCCAUUGAGAUGGUUGAAGGCGAGCCGCCGUACUUGAACGAGAAUCCGCUAAAAGCCUUGUACCUCAUUGCCACUAAUGGCAAGCCAGAGAUUAAAGAAAAAGACAAGCUGUCCGCAGCAUUUCAGGAUUUUCUCGACCAGUGUUUGGAGGUCGAGGUGGAACGGCGAGCCAGUGCAUUGGACUUGUUGAAGCAUCCCUUCUUGAAAUUGGCCCGACCAUUGGCCAGCCUGACGCCCUUGAUCAUGGCCGCCAAAGAGGCAACUAAGGGCAACUGAUUGACAACCAAGAAGAAUCCGCUUAUUUAACCAUUACUAAUGAAUUACUACUGCAGAAAACAGCAAGAACAACAACAGCAACAACCACAAUAGCAACAAUAACAGUUAUGCAUAUGAACAGAUGAUGAAUUAUUAAUGAUUAUGAUUACUAUUAUUAAUUAUUUAUAUAAACGUAUUAUAUACACACAUAUUAUUAUAUUAUAUCUAUUCUAACGAGACAAACUGCAAAACUAAGAGAAACUGCAUACGGCAAACAAGAGACACGCAUAGUUCAAUUUCCACGAAUCGGUGUUCUGUUUUUCAUAAAAAACAGCAUAAAGUUUUCACGUUGCUUUGGCCACAACAUCAUCGAAACAUGUUUCCAACAUUUGUUAUACCAAAACGUAAAUUUAUAUUUGUAUAGACCCAAAAUUUGUAUCGAGCAUUUUGAAUGCUCCUCAGAUUGUGUGCUUAAAGACCAUCUAAAAAGAAACAAAAACACUUACAUUAUAGUUCUCAAGAUUAAACAUUACAAUUGGUAACUUUUGCAUUUAAACAAAAAAUAAAAUAUACAUAUAAUUUUGUACAAUGUAAAAAGCACUUAAUUUCA